AUGUCGAAUGCAGAGAAUGUCGAAAAGGCUCCGGAGAAGACGAAUGAUUCAAUCGAAGGCCUGACUGAUCCCUUGUUAUUCUCGAAAACGGGCCUCGACCCGACCGAUCUCUUUCCCUCCUUUGAUAUCACGACCGCUCCGAAGACCCCUCUGGAGGCGCUGCAACAAAAUGAGAUGCUGACUGCAGCCUAUCUCUCGCAAAGUGCUGAUCUAUCAGCGCUGGGUUACUCCGGAGGGCAUCUAAUCCAAGAUGGCACCGGUUCAGUCGCUGGAUCUGAGCCUCGGAUUCAGGCUUUUGCGAAACUGGAAUUCGAUGAUGGCCAUUUCUAUUGCAACACGUAUUCUUUCAUUCUUGGUCGAGACGUUCGCGCUGCCAGAGCUGCCCAUCAACGUGAAAUGCAGGUUCGACAGGCGAUGAGGCACUCGCGCGCAAAGAGCUCAAGCGGUGGCAAUACCUCUCAUACACCCGUCCGGGUGAAGCAUGAAGGCAGCGGUAUCAUAGGUAGUGUGGUAAGCGACCGCGGCGGCAUCAUGGGGUUUGACCCUGAUGUCCCACCGCAUCUUCCCCCGCGCCUGAGUCGACGGUCGUCCAAUUCUUCACAUGGUGAAUCCGGCGCGCCGCUGCAUGCUACCCCGGCACAGCUUCAGUCCAACAACGGUACUACCGACUACAAUGCUCUUGCCAUGCAGUCACUCAAUGAAGCUGGGGGCGAUGCAAAGCCUGUCGACACGUUAGCUUUGCUUCCGUCUCCCGAUGCGUGCCCGACCAUCCCCAUCCAUCCCCCGGCCACGGUUGAUGGCAGUGCCGCUGGUCAUCGGGGCAUUUCCCGAAAACACGUGAAGAUCGCGUACAAUUUUGAUCGCAAUCUUUUCGAAAUGGAGGUUAUGGGAAGAAAUGGCGCAUUCAUCGGAGCAGAUUGGUUAUCCCCUGGCCAGAUUAGACCACUACAUAGCGGUGAUUACAUUCAGAUUGGAGGGGUUCGCAUCCGCUUCUUGCUUCCCGAUGUGCCAAUUGGUGAAACAGGGGCCGAUCGAGUCGAAGAGCCUUUCGUUCCUGAGGAUGAACAGGCUCAAUCAUCAGUCCCUGCGGAGAAUGAGCCCGAAGGCGAGAAACGCCAGGCUUCUACUUCAGAGAACAAGGACGGCCAGAAGUCUACGAAGAUCAUCCUAAAGACUAAGGAGUCAGACUCACGUCCCGUCCCCUCAAUUGAAGGGAGUGGAGAUGGCGUUCAACCCCCUGUUCGCCGCCGCGGUCCCGGAAGACCUCCCAAGGAUGGCAUCAUGUCGAAACGUGAACGGGCAGAGUUGGCUCGCGAACAGAAGCUGGCCGCGAAACGCGAGGCAAACGGUGGUGUCACGCCUCCGCCCGCUAAUCGGGCAAAGGCGGGCAAGACUACAGCAACCACUGCCCCUACAGCAACACCAAAAGAACCCGCUGGCGGAGAGUCCCCCGGAUCCAAGCCGGAAAAGAGGAAGUACACCAAGCGGAAGAAGCCCGAUGGAACCCCUAUGGACUUUCCCAUACCCUCGACCGAGGGUGGCCAAUUUCCCAUGGAACAUCGUCCGGAGGAGUUCGUCAAGGCACCUCCCGUCAAGAAGCGCAAGCCAUCUCGCUCACCGUCUCCUAACUACCCGCCUGAAUCAGCAUACACGCCAGAAGAUCUGGCCAAGCCGCCCUACAACUACGCGGUGCUCAUUUUCGAUGCGCUUACCGAGGCUGGGACGCCGAUGACUCUCAAGCAGAUCUAUCGUGCUCUGAAGCUGAAGUACCCCUAUUUCCGCUUCAAAUGCGAGACGGAGGGAUGGACAUCUAGUGUGAGACACAACCUCAACGGUAAUAGUCACCUCUUCAUGCACGCCGAAAGAGAUGGCAAGGGCUGGUCGUGGCAGCUGCGACCUGGGGCUUCGGUAGAAAAAGAGAAGAAGAGACGUCCUUCGCCUCCUCCGCCAGUUUCUCAACCACCAUCGAUGCCACCUCCAACGCCACAGUAUAUGCCUCAGAUGAAUACCUCCUACACCCAUCCACCACCGAAUGGGCAAGCCAACAUGCCCAAUCCGCAUUUCCAGUUUUCGCAGAUGCCCAUCAAAUCCGUACACAGCUCCUCCUCCCCCCCCUCCUCCUGCGCCUGCACCUGCGCCUGCUCCUCCGCCUGUUUCCCAGCAACCAAGUCCUAUCCACCUCCUCCAUCCCAACCUCCUGCUGCCUCGACUUCGGUUCCCGAUCCAAGUCCGCUACGAAACAACCUGACGCCUGCAUUUGCAAACACUACGCCUUCUACCAAUGGCGGCCAUGGCCAGCCUCCUAUGCCACCCCAGCAAAACAUGAACGCGGGUCCGAACGAGACUGGUCCUGGGGCGAUGGACAAUUCCGACACCUUGUCGUUCAAUGAGCAGGCCAACAAAGCCAUUGAUAAUUUCGAGGCUGUGCUGAUUGAUGACUACGAGGACAAGAAUUAUAUCCGAGAGGUGCUCAAGAGCGCAAGAGCUCGGGCAUUGGGCCACGCGACGGAGAGCUCAUUCCCCGGCGGAGAACCCAAGGACGAGGCGGUUCUGGUGGGCGUGCUGAAGGAUCUGAUCGGCAGCUUGAAGAGCCAGCAGACGAACCAGGGCAUGGAGCUCGGGAAUUCUGCAUGA